GCUCUUCAGUGCUAUAUUAGAGCAGGCCACCAAAGUGGAUGGAGGGACGCCCAUAGGAGGGAAGGCAGCGGGCUUCGAUGUGAAGGCACUACGGGCGUUCAGGGUGCUCAGGCCACUCAGACUGGUGUCUGGGGUGCCCAGCCUUCAGGUUGUGCUGAACUCCAUCAUCAAGGCCAUGGUUCCUCUCCUCCACAUCGCCCUGCUGGUCCUGUUCGUCAUCAUCAUCUACGCCAUCAUCGGCCUGGAGCUGUUCAUGGGCAAGAUGCACCGCACCUGCUUCUAUAACAGAGAGGGUCAUCCCUUCUACAGAGGUCCCAUAGUGGAGGAGAAGCCGGCCCCCUGCGCUCCUAACGGGGCUCACGGCCGCCACUGCUCCCAGAACGCCACGCAAUGCAUGAUGGGCUGGGAGGGACCUAACGAUGGCAUCACUAACUUCGACAACUUUGCGUUUGCCAUGUUGACGGUGUUCCAGUGUAUCACCAUGGAGGGCUGGACAGACGUCCUCUACUGGAUGCAAGAUGCUAUGGGCUAUGAACUUCCCUGGGCCUAUUUUGUCAGUCUCGUCAUCUUUGGAUCCUUUUUCGUUCUAAAUCUGGUUCUGGGGGUGUUGAGCGGAGAGUUUUCCAAGGAGAGAGAGAAGGCCAAGGCCAGAGGAGACUUCCAGAAGCUGAGAGAGAAGCAACAGCUGGAGGAGGACCUGAAGGGUUAUCUGGACUGGAUCACACAGGCUGAAGACAUCGACCCAGAGAACGAGGAGGAGGGGCUCGACGAGGAGAAGCCCAGAAACC